CGGAUCCAGAGCUCUGUCGCCGAGGAGCUGGACCGUGCGGCUCCGGGCGCCGCCGGGUGGCUCGGGCCAGCCUGAGGCCUCGGCGUCCGCCUCUCGCGGUGUCCUCGGGUCCGUCGACAUGAAUCCCGUCGUCGUGGUCCACGGUGGCGGAGCCAGCAAUAUCUCCAAGGACCGGAAGGAGCGCGUGCGCCAGGGCAUCGUCAAAGCUGCCACCGCGGGUUACAAAAUCCUCAAGCAGGGCGGGAGCGCGGUGGAUGCUGUGGAAGAAGCUGUGACCACCCUGGAAGAUGAUUCCGAGUUCAACGCAGGGUGUGGAUCUGUCUUGAAUAUAAAUGGUGAUGUUGAAAUGGAUGCUAGUAUCAUGGAUGGAAAAGACCUGUCUGCAGGAGCAGUGUCCGCAGUCCGGUGUAUAGCAAAUCCCAUCAGACUUGCUCGUUUCUGUCUGACUCAGACCCCUCAUUGCUUUCUGACUGACCAAGGUGCAGCAAAAUUUGCAGCAGCCAUGGGCAUUCCGGAGAUUCCUGGAGAACAACUGAUAACAGAGAAAAAUAAGAAGCGCCUGGAAAAAGAGAAGCUUGAGAAAGGUGCUCAGAAAUCAGACUGUCAAAAAAACUUGGGAACCGUGGGUGCUGUUGCCUUGGACUGCAGAGGAAACUUAGCUUUUGCAACCUCUACAGGGGGUAUCGUGAAUAAAAUGGUUGGCCGAGUUGGAGACACACCAUGUAUAGGAUCUGGAGGUUAUGCUGACAAUGACAUUGGAGCCAUUUCAACCACAGGGCAUGGGGAAAGCAUCCUGAAGGUGAAUCUGGCCAGACUCACCCUCUUCCACCUAGAACAAGGGAAGACGUUAGAAGAGGCUGCUGAGCUGUCGUUGGGUUAUAUGAAGUCAAGGCUCAAAGGUUUAGGUGGCCUCAUCUUGAUUAGCAAAACAGGAGACUGGGUGGUGAAGUGGACCUCCGCCUCCAUGCCCUGGGCCGCCGCGAAGGAUGACAAGCUGCACUCGGGAAUCGAUGUUGACGAAACCACUACCACGGACCUGCCCUGAGCCCCUGGAAGAUUGUAUUCUAGAUACUAGCUUGGUGGUAAAGUACAGUGUCCUGGUGUGGAGACGUAGCUUAAUCAAUUAGAUCUAGAAAUGGAAAAACUGUGCAGUC